AUGGGUAGUAAACUUUGUUUGACGGCUGUUGGACAUUUGAGUGCUGAUGUCAGAGAUUGUGAGGAAAAUUGGAAUUCAUCCGUAGAAAGAAACUCCCCACUUACCAGUAAACAUAUGAGUACAGCCACACGAACAGGCUUAUGCAAAUAUUUUAAUGAAGGAAUAAAAACUGAAAUUACCACAUUGGUUCAGGAGAUACAGAUAAGUGUACGCCAACAAAUAGAACAAGCAGAAUGGUUAGAUGAAAAAACACGCACUGAAGCUUUGUUAAAAGAAUCCACAAUAGAAGCACGAAUUGACAACUAUGAGCCGAAUAAUAUAAAUUUAAAGAGAUUUAGAACAUUUAUGAACCGAUAUCUUGGUCUCCAUAAUAAAGACAUUCGUAAUGAAACAAAGCCUCUAGAAUUAAUGAUAGGCAAGCAAAUCAAUGCUUUUUACUAUAAUAUCGACAACUCAAUAAAUGUUAUGCAUCCGCCAGCUUAUCAUAAAUCCUGGCCAAAUUCUUUGAAAUUCGGUACAUUAGGAUAUCUUGUGGGACAUGAGUUUACACACGGUUUUGAUACAGUUGGAGCACACUAUGAUAGCAAUGGUGAUGAACGCGAUUGGUGGACGAAAAAAACUGAAAAAGUAUUUGAUAAUCGCACAGAUUGUUAUGUUCAACAUUUUAAUGACUAUUUAAUACCAGAAAUAAAUCGCAAAAUUAACGGAAAUCUAACCAAAGAUGAGAAUAUAGCAGAUAAUGGUGGACUUCGUGCCGCACUUAAUUCGUACCGCAAAUAUAUGAAGGAAUUGAAUAAGGAAGGUGACCUGGUGACAACAUUUAAAGAUGAAGACAUGCUUGGUCUAAAUUUAUCACCAGAACAAUUGUUCUUUGUAGGAUUUGCACAACUAUAUUGUGCGUCGUAUAAAGAAGAACACUAUUGGAAACAACUAAUCGAUGAACACCCUAUGGACAAAUAUAGAGUUUUGGGUACACUAAGUAAUAUGGAAGAUUUCUCUAAGGUUUAUGAGUGUCCUCUGGGUAGUGACAUGAAUAAGAAAGAAGAAAAAUCAUAA